AUGAGGGUUGUCUUCCACUGUCGGCCUUUAAGGUUCAUCUGGCUCACCAAGCCAGCUGGCCAGUACUUCCACAGAGAUCACCAGCUCUGGACGCCCCUGACUCCCUCCGACCUUGAAGCCAUAAAUCGCUGUGACAAGCCAUUGCCUGAGAACUUUAACUUUGCUGCGGAUGUGCUGGACCAGUGGGCCCAAAAGGAGAAGUCUGGGAACAGACCAGCCAAUCCUGCCCUGUGGUGGGUGAAUGGCAAAGGAGGUGAGGUGAAAUGGAGCUUCCAAGAACUGGGGUCCUUGUCCCGAAAGGCCGCCAAUGUACUCACCAAGCCCUGUGGUCUACAGAGAGGAGACCGAGUGGCUGUGAUUCUGCCACGCAUCCCAGAGUGGUGGCUCCUCAACAUAGCCUGCAUGCGAACAGGGCUUAUAUUCAUGCCAGGAACAACACAGCUGACAGCAAAAGACAUCCUUUAUAGGCUCCAAGCAUCCAAGGCCAAAUGCAUGGUGGCCAGUGAGGAAGUGGCCCCAGCAGUGGAAUCCAUUGUGUCAGAGUGUCCCAGUCUGAACAACAAACUUCUGGUAUCUCCACGUAGCCGGGAUGGAUGGCUCAGCUUCCAGGAGUUAUUUCAGUCCGCCUCUGACGAGCACAGCUGUGUGGAGACAGGAAGCCAAGAACCAAUGGCCAUUUAUUUCACCAGUGGGACCACAGGCUCCCCUAAGAUGGCUCAGCACUCACAAAGCAGCCUUGGCAUUGGGUAUGCCCUUUGUGGAAGGUAUUGGCUGGACUUGACAUCCUCAGAUAUCAUGUGGAACAUGUCAGAUACGGGCUGGAUCAAAGCUGCCAUCGGGAGUGUGUUUUCUACCUGGCUUCAAGGUUCCUGUGUUUUUGUACAUCAGAUGCCUAAGUUCAACAUGGACACUUUCCUAGAUGUGCUUACCAACUACCCCAUCACAACCCUGUGCAGUGCCCCCACCGUAUUCCGGAUGCUUGUGCAAAAAGACCUUAGGAGAUAUAAAUUCAAGAAGCUGAGGCACUGCUUGACCGGAGGUGAACCUCUCAACCCAGAGGUGCUGGAACAGUGGAAGGCCCAAACUGGGCUGGAGUUGUACGAGGGCUACGGUCAGACUGAAGUGGGAAUAAUUUGUGCCAAUCAAAAAGGACAGGAAAUUAAACCAGGCUCCAUGGGGAAAGGUGUUUUACCCUAUGAUGUACAGAUUGUAGAUGAAGAUGGCAAUGCCCUACCACCUGGAGAAGAAGGGGAAAUUGCCAUCAGAAUGAAAUCUACACGACCCUUCUGUUUCUUCUCUGAAUAUGUGGACAAUCCAGAAAAAACAGCUGCUACCAUGAGAGGAAAUUUUUAUGUCACUGGGGACAGAGGAGUGAUGGACAGUGAUGGGUAUUUCUGGUUUGUUGGCAGAGCUGAUGAUGUCAUUAUAUCUUCUGGGUACCGUAUUGGGCCAUUCGAAGUGGAGAGCGCGCUGAUAGAGCACCCUGCCGUGGUUGAGUCUGCUGUUGUGAGCAGUCCUGACUCCACUCGAGGAGAGGUGGUAAAAGCUUUUGUUGUCCUAUCUGCGCCCUUCAAAUCCUCCAACCUGGAGAAGUUAACGCUUGAGCUUCAGGAUCAUGUGAAAAAAUCAACAGCACCUUACAAAUACCCAAGAAAGGUGGAAUUUGUUGAAGAACUCCCAAAGACAAUCACUGGAAAAAUCAAGCGCAAUUUGUUAAGAGACCAGGAAUGGGGACGAGCAUAG